GCCCUCCCGCCGCAGCCCGGCCCCGGCCCCCGGGCUCCUACCUGCGUGGGGCUCGCCUGCCCGGCUUUGUCUGCGAGGGGUGUCCGCCGCCUCCUUGGCAGCCGGCUCCCAGCCACCGGCCCUCGCCGCGGAAUGACCCCCGGCGCUACUGAAGGGUGUCAUUUUAGAAAGAUUCGUGACAUGAAGUAGAACAACAGGCAUUUUGAAGAGCUCUGCCAUAAAUACAGCUGUGUCUCUGAAUGUUGGCACUGGAGACUCUUCCCAAAGUCUGUUUCUUUCCCAAAGUCUGAAGUUUCCAAAAGCUUCAUAAUGGAGUUUUUAGCAUCCAAAGGAUAUUAUGUUAGGUAUUUCAAAAGGUCUUUAUUGCUCGUUUUAGUAUGUGUAAUAGUUCUUGUGUGCACUGAUCAGGACUACUAUAGUUUGCUUGGAGUAUCCAAAGAAGCAAGUAGUAGAGAAAUCCGACAAGCAUUCAAAAAGCUGGCAUUAAAGUUGCAUCCUGAUAAAAAUCAGAAUGAUCCAAAUGCACAUGAAAAUUUUUUGAAAAUAAAUAGAGCAUAUGAAGUACUUAAAGAUGAAGACCUAAGGAAGAAAUAUGAUAAAUAUGGAGAGAAGGGUCUUGAAGAUCAGCAGCAAGGAGGUCGUUACGAAAGCUGGCACUUCUAUCGCUAUGAUUUUGGUAUUUAUGAUGAUGAUCCUGAAAUUAUAACAUUGGAUAGAGGAGAAUUUGAUGCUGCUGUUAACUCAGGAGAACUGUGGUUUGUGAAUUUUUAUUCUCCUCGAUGCUCUCACUGCCAUGAUUUAGCACCCACGUGGAGAGAAUUUGCUAAGGAGCUGGAUGGAGUAAUACGCAUUGGAGCUGUGAACUGUGGAGAUAACAGAAUGCUUUGUCGAAUUAAAGGGAUUAACAGCUACCCCAGUCUGUACAUUUUCAAAACUGGAAUGCAACCAGUGAAAUAUUUUGGAGACAGGUCAAAAGAGAGCUUAAAGAACUUUGCCAUGCAGUAUGUUACAAGCACAGUCACUGAGUUAUGGGCAGGAAAUUUUGUAAAUGCUAUUGAAACUUCAUUUGCUUCUGGUGUUGGUUGGCUGAUCACCUUCUGUGCUGAACGUGGGGAUUGCUUGAGUUACCAAACCCGCCUUAAGCUAGCUGGCAUGUUGGAAGGUCUUGUUAAUGUGGGCUGGAUGGACUGUGGCACCCAGGGUGAGCUUUGUGAUAAUUUAGAUGUCUCAUCUAGUACUACUGCGUACUUUCCACCUGGAGCCACCAUUAAUAACAAAGAGAAAGGAGGUGUUUUGUUUCUUAACUCCUUGGAUGCCAGAGAAAUUUAUCAGGAAGUAAUGCAGCACCUACCAGAUUUUGAAAUCAUCUCUGCAGCAUCAUUAGAGGACCGUCUGGCUCAUCACCGGUGGCUGCUUUUCUUCCAGUUUGGGGAGGGUGAUAAAUCAAACCUGCAGGAAUUUAAGAAACUUAAGUUUUUACUUAAAGAUGAGCAUAUUCAGGUUGGGAAGUUUGACUGUCUUUCUUCACCAACCAUCUGCAACAAACUAUAUGUUUAUCAGCCUUGUUUAGCAGUCUUCAAAGGAAAAGGAACUAGAGAUUAUGAAAUUCAUCAUGGAAAGAAGAUCUUAUAUGACAUUGUUGCAUUUGCCAAAGAAAGUGUGAACUCUCAUGUCAUCACACUGGGACCUCAGAAUUUUCCUGACAAAGAUAAGGAACCAUGGCUUGUGGAUUUCUUUGCACCGUGGUGUCCUCCUUGUCGAGCUUUGUUACCAGAGCUAAGAAAAGCAUCUAAACAUCUUUAUGGUCAGCUUAAAUUUGGAACACUAGACUGCACUGUCCAUGAAGGCCUCUGCAACAUGCAUAAUAUUCGAGCUUACCCGACAACAGUUGUGUUCAAUCAGUCUGAUGUUCAUGAGUAUGAAGGACAUCACUCUGCUGAGCAGAUCUUGGAGUUUAUAGAGGAUCUUAGGAAUCCAUCGGUGGUCUCCCUAACACCAGAGACAUUUGCUGAAUUAGUUCAGAGAAGAAAACGAGAGGAGAUCUGGAUGGUGGAUUUCUAUGCUCCAUGGUGUGGACCUUGUCAGGCUUUAAUGCCAGAAUGGAAAAAGAUGGCCAGGAUGUUAAAUGGAUUAAUCAAUGUAGGCAGUGUGGAUUGUCAAAAGUAUCAUUCUUUCUGUCACCAAGAAAGUGUUCGGGGCUAUCCUGAAAUCAGACUCUUUCCUCAAAAAUCAAACACGGCUCAUCAAUAUUAUAGCUACAAUGGAUGGCACAGAGAUGCCUAUUCACUCAGAGGCUGGGCAUUGGGGUAUUUACCACAGGUAUCUGUAGACCUCACCCCUCAGAGUUUCACAGAAAAAGUUCUGAAUGGGAAAGAUCAUUGGGUCAUUGAUUUUUAUGCUCCUUGGUGUGGACCUUGUCAAAAUUUUGCUCCUGAAUUUGAGAUGCUUGCAAGGGCCAUUAAAGGAAAAGUGAAAGCUGGAAAAGUAGACUGUCAGGCAUAUGGUCAGACCUGUCAGACUGCUGAUAUCAGAGCCUAUCCUACUGUUAAGUUCUACCCCUACCAAGGAACAAAGAAAAAUGUUCUUGGUGAAUACAUAGACAGCAGAGAUGCAAAAGGUAUAGCUGACCUUUUGAAUGAAAAACUAGAAGCAAUGGAAAACAAAGGAAAAAGAAAAAAAUCCAGAAAUAAGGAUGAACUUUAACUGGUACUGAAGGUAGAUACAAUUCAAAAUAUUCUGAAGCUGUGAAGAUAGAAGACGCCACAAGGAAAAUAUAAGGUUACACUGAUGACAGGACAAGACACAUGAAAACAAGUUGAGUUCACAGGCAUACACAACUGUAUGAGUUCUGUUAAACGGUGGGGAGAUGAAAACAUUUUGGUUUUGGUGGAGUCAAUGUUUCUGCAGGACCCUCUUCUGAUGUACCAGCUACCUUCUUCCUGGCCAAACACUGGAGUUGACCAGAAAUGUGGACUCUCACUUUUGCCUACCCAUUUACUAGUUCCUUAUAUUUUUUUCUGUCUCUUCUGAAAUGCUUUUUGAAUGUGGCACUCAGCCUGUGGCUGAAUAUGCACUCAAACCACUCUGCAAUGCAGAACAUAAUGAUGGAUUGUCUAUUUGAAAGACAAACAGUUGUACCUGAUGAUUAUUCUGCUUUGGGGUUGCAUUAUUGUCUAGUCAAUUAAGAGCUAAAAUCAAGGACUGGUAGGAGGAUAUGUUUACUGAAUUAAAUUGCCCUUGCCCUCGAGUGGAUUACUCUGUUGUGGCAGUGGCGAUGCUGCCUGGAUGAACAGAGCUUUGAAGAGCUUCUUUAGUUGCUAGCUUUGGUUUUAGGAUUGUGUUUAUUCUUUUUUUAAGUAAGAAAGAAAAAAUAAAGUAAUUAAAAUGUGG